CCGCCCUCCCGGCGCUCCUCCGCCCCGGCCCCGCUAUCCCGGCCGCGCACGUCGCUUCCUCGAUUCCGGCCGCCGCUAGCCCGUUCCCCGCCCCCGGGCCGGCAGCCGCCGCUACGCGAGGCCGGGGAUUGGCAGCGCGCGUAGGCCGCGCUGCCGCGGAUGGAGUCGGAAUAAAGGGGCGGCUGAGAGAGCAGCCAGUCGCCACUCGCCCCGCGCCUGACCCCGCGGGCGGCCCGGAGCAGAGCCUCCCUGCCACUCCUGGCACCCUGCCUGAAGACCCCCGUCCUAUAGGCACAGCCUUGUAGUCUGUCUUGGUGAAUGACUUGGACCGCCUGACCAGUCCAGCUCCGUGCCUUGUCCGAGGUCCUCCUCCACCCUUGAUCCUGGGCAGCUUCUCUCUUUGGUGUGGGUCACCUUAAGCAGGGAAACUGAAGCCACUACUCUCCAAACCCUGUUUCAUCUUCCCAAGCAUGUCGGAGAGCUGGCAGCAGCCGCCGCAGACGCAGCCGCAGCAGCCUCAGCCCCCACAGCCGCAGCACCAUGCUGAACCCCCGCCGGCCCUGGCGGAGCACACGCUGCCCCCAGGCACGGCUGAGAACCCGCUGGGCUGCGCGGUCUAUGGCAUCCUCCUGCAGCCUGAGCCAGGUCUGCAGCCCCCGCAGCACGUGCCCCUGCAGGCCGCGGGGGAGCCGGGCCCCAAGUGUGGUGUGUGCGGUCACGACCUGGCGCACCUGUCCAGCCCACAUGAGCACCAGUGCCUGGCGGGCCAUGACCGCUCGUUCCAGUGCACGCAGUGUCUUAAAAUCUUCCACCAGGCUACCGACUUGCUGGAGCACCAGUGCGUGCAGGCCGAGCAGAAACCUUUCGUCUGCGGCGUCUGCAAGAUGGGCUUCUCGCUGCUCACGUCGCUGGCGCAGCACCACAGCGCCCACAGCAGCACCGGGGGCCUUGUGAAAUGUUCCAUCUGCGAGAAGACCUACAAGCCUGCCGAGGCGGCAGAACCCGAGGCCACCGCCGCCCCCUCCCUGCCCCCAGCACCCCCACCUCCGCCUGCCGUGGCCCCGGCGGAGUCGGCCGACAAGCCCUACAGCUGCCCCAUCUGCCAGAAGCCCUUCAAGCACCUGUCGGAGCUCUCGCGGCACGAGCGCAUCCACACGGGCGAGAAGCCCUACAAGUGCACGCUGUGCGACAAGAGCUUCAGCCAGUCGUCCCAUCUGGUGCACCACAAGCGCACGCACAGCUCAGAGCGGCCGUACAAGUGCGCGGUGUGCGAGAAGACCUUCAAGCACCGCUCGCACCUGGUGCGUCACAUGUACGCGCAUUCGGGCGAGCACCACCUGUUCCGCUGCAACGUCUGUGAGCUGCACUUCAAGGAGUCGUCGGAGCUGCUGCAGCACCCAUGCACGCCGAGCGGGGAGCGGCCCUUCCGCUGCGGCGAGUGCCAGAAGGCCUUCAAGCGGCCGUCGGACCUGCGGCAGCACGAGCGCACGCACAGCGCCGAGCGGCCCUUCAAGUGCGACCUGUGCCCCAUGGGCUUCAAGCAGCAGUACGCGCUCAUGCGGCACCGGCGCACGCACAAGGCCGAGGAGCCCUUCAAGUGCGGCCUGUGUGAGAAGGGCUUCGGGCAGCCCAGCCACCUGCUCUACCACCAGCACGUGCACACCCUUGAGACCCUCUUCAAGUGCCCCGUGUGCCAGAAGGGCUUCGACCAGUCGGCCGAGCUGCUGCGGCACAAGUGCCUGCCGGGUGCGGCCGAGCGGCCCUUCAAGUGCCCAGUGUGCCACAAGGCCUACAAGCGGGCCUCGGCUCUGCAGAAGCACCAGCUGGCCCACUGCUCAGCGGCCGAGAAGCCCCUGCGCUGCACCCUGUGCGAGCGCCGCUUCUUCUCGUCCUCCGAGUUCGUGCAGCACCGCUGUGACCCGGCCCGCGAGAAGCCGCUCAAGUGCCCGGACUGCGACAAGCGCUUCAAGUACGCCUCCGACCUGCAGCGGCACCGGAGGGUGCACACGGGCGAGAAGCCCUACAAGUGCCCCAACUGUGACAAGGCCUUCAAGCAGCGCGAGCACCUCAACAAGCACCAGGGCGUGCACGCCCGCGAGCAGCAGUUCAAGUGCGUGUGGUGCGGCGAGCGCUUCCUGGACGUGGCCCUGCUGCAGGAGCACAGCGCGCAGCACAGCGCCGCGGCCGCCGCGGCCGAGGGCGCCUACCAGGAUUCGCUCUCUUGAGAGACCUCAGCCUCCCUUUUCUCAAUGGAACCAGGCUGGAAGUCGAACUGUCCUCUCUCCACCCCAAGGAGGGGGUGGUGCUAGCCCAACCUUCCCAAACCUUUCAGCCUCACUAGAGAAAGCAGAUAGGUUAGGAAAGAGGAGGCUCACGGGAGGGCAUGGGUGCAGAGUGGCCCCCUUCAGGUUGCUGUUUGAAGGGGAAGGCUAACUCCAGGAGGGAAUACUGGGGCCAGGAAGGCAACCUGUGAGGCCCAGGCCCCUCUGUCAACUUCAGCCAGGGGCAACCCGCCCUCCAGGGUUCUGACAGGCGAGACACACAGGAGUGCUGCACACCUGUGGGCCGGGUCUGCUUGGAGAGCGAUUGGCCCAGCCAGAAGGGAGGAGGCAGAGAAGUUCUUCCCCCGACAGCCAGGAACAGUGCUGUCCCCAGGGAAAGGAGGAAAGGCAGCCUUUGCCCCGAGGACUCAUCCCAGCGUUUUAGAAGCGCCCCUCCCACUUUGCUGCAGAGUUUCCAAGUGCAGGUGGGGAAUGUGCCCUCAGCCAGACAGAACUGCUGAUGUGAAAGGAGGGGAUUGUUAGACCCCCUGGUGCCCAGGAGGAGGAAGGGCCAAGCCCUUCAUCUUUCUAGUGGAUGAGAACAAGUGUCACUCCCUCACUCAAGAAUCAAAUUGUGUGAACCAAAGCCUCAAGGGCGUGGCCCUAAUCAGCUCACCCCAGCCCUGCCUCAGGGCCAAGACUAUGCCUGGGUACCCGGGGUAGGGGAGGUAAAAGGACCGUGGGAAUGCCUCUGACCCCACAGUGCCCUCCCAGCCCCUGGGCCCCCUCCCCCAUCGGUCUGGCUGCUGGCCUGUACUCCAGGGGUCUUGUGCUCCCAAGAUGCUCUGGACAACAUCCAGCUAUAUUUCCAAGACCAGAGUGUUCUCCCUUGGGUCCUUUUAGGAUACCCCUAGGUCUCCGACUAGCCACAGGGCUCAUGGAGCCUUGGGUGUCCUGGAUAGGGAGUGGGCAGGGGAAGAGGGUUGUUAAGGAAACCAGCAGGAGUCAGCUGUUACCACUUGAUGGCUGGGGCUCUUCUCAAGAAGGCCAGAAGAUGUUUACUGUCAAAAUGAUUCUUCUGAACCCAGCUCUGCCCCUGCCCUCUCCCUAGCCCCCUCCCAGGAUGUGGGUCUUAAAAGGAGACUUUAAUCAGUGCCCACCCCAAAAUCCCAGAGGAACAGGGAGACCUGCCUCGUCCCACUGUCACCUUCAGAAGUCUGAAAAGCCCACGUCCACCUCCUCUGACUGGAUUCCCUUCCUGUGCCUGCAGAGAGGGGCAGUCCUUCCCCUCGGUGCUGGCCUUAGUCACAAUGCCUCAAGAGACAUGGAACCCAGGCUGACAACAGUCCCAAGUGCUCAUUUUCUUUUUUUCCUUUCAUUUUGCUUUCUAAAAGCAGCUGUUAUACUGUUCAUAACAUUGUAUAGUUUAAUUUCAUGUCAUUUUGGAUCUUAUCUAAAAAUGUGAGGAUUUGA